UGUUGUGAGCCAUAUCCGGGCAGCGGUUAGCAGUGAAUACAAAAGAGCAGCAAAGAAUUCGGAUAAAUCUAUUUGCUGCAUAGAAAUCAAUCAGGACUGGGGGAAAAUGUGCAUCUCAUGGAUAGGCUGUAGGAGUCCCAUGCUAAAUAAAGAAGCCAACACGCGUUUUUUUUUUUACCACAUUAGACAACUUCUAUAAAAGAUUACGAGACAACCUGAAGGCACUGAAAAUAUUACUUUUCCCUUCGCGGACACGGCUCCUGCGCGCUCAAUACGCGACAGCCAGUCAGACCUCUCGCUCCCGAAACGUCGCAGAGUAAAAAGCUGUCCUGCUUAAAUGAGAGCCUAGCUCUUCAUCUCCGCAACACUUUAAUAGCAGGGAUGAAGAGAGGGAAUUGGCGUGACCGGGGCAGAGACCGGAGACGACACGGUUACCGCUCCGACUGGCAGAGGGACAGCGCGAGACACAGAACACUGUCACAGGAACAAAGGUAUGGCAGUAGCGAGACACGUCCUUCCUACAGAGACAGGACGCCAGAAUCCAGGCCUCGUUUGGAUACUGCUGCACCAACCCCUUCCUCCUCAUCUAGUUCUAGUAUUCCAGAGCUGCCAGGGUUCUACUUUGACGCUGAGAAGAACCGGUACUUCCGCCUCCUGCCGGGCCACAACAACUGCAACCCACUAACCCGGGAGCUGCUGCAGGAGCGAGAGCAGGAGAAACACAGAGCGAGGAUGCUCACCGAGGACGAGCAGCCCAGGAAGAAAGCUCCGAGAGCAGGUCUGAACACUGCUCUGCUGCUGCAGAAAAGACACCUGGGCUUGCUCCCUGGGAACUCCUACUGUAGGCUGAUCCAUGAGGUAAAAGUGAGUGGGAUGAAACGUCACAAACUAGAGGUUCAGAGCUCUGACACCAGCAGUCCCAACACAGACAACUUCAGACUCAUAGUGGGAGAUUCUGCGUGUGAGCGUGUGUUCACGGUCAACGAUGUGUCUCACGGAGGCUGCAAGUAUGGCAUCAUGAACUUCAGAGGCUGUAGCCGUGGUUCCCUGUCCGUGGAGAUGUGUGACAACCUUUACUUCACCAACAGAAAGGUGAACUCUAUCUGCUGGGCGUCUGUCACCCACCACGACUCCCACGUCCUCCUGUGUCUGGUAGGCAUGGCAGAGACCCCAGGUUGUGUUAGCUUACUCCCUGCCUCCCUCUUCAGCAACUCCAAUCCAGACCAGCCAGGGAUGCUGUGUAGUUUUAAGAUCUCUACAGCCUGGUCCUGUGCUUGGUGUCUCAACCCUCAGGCAGACAAGACCUUCAGCACCGGUCCGUUUCACACCUUUCUAGAAAUGCACGCCGUACAUUUUCGCUUUCGUCACCGAACGCUUUAUCGGACGGAGGCGUUGGUGGAAGACAGAGGGGUUUUGGUGACGGCGCUGGGCCGCUGCAGUACACAACGGGACCUCGACCUGAUUCCGUCUCCGUUGGUCUUUUUUGCGUCAGGUCUGUCCCGGAGGGUGAUCGUGACGGACGCCGUGACGGGCAGGAGACAGACAUACGGCGUCGGCAGUGACGUGCUGGCGCAGCAGUUUGCCCUCAGAGCUCCGGUACUGUUUAACGGCUGUCGUUCAGGGGAAGUCUUCAGCAUAGACCUCCGUCAGAAAGGACGGAAGGACCACAGCUGGAAGGCGUGUCGAUUCGACCACGACUCGGCGAUCACGUCCGUGCGAAUACUGCAGGACGAGAACUACCUACUGGCUGCUGACAUGCUGGGCCAGAUUAAGCUGUGGGACGUGCGCGUUACGAAGCCGGUGCAGCAGUUCAAAGGUCACCAUAACGAACACGCCUACCUGCCGCUGCAUGUGAACGAAGCUGAGGGGCUGCUGAUGGCCGUGGGCCAGGACUGCUACACGCGGAUCUGGUCGCUUGGUGACGGACAGCUCCUAAGGACCAUCCCGUCCCCCCACCCCGCAGGGAAGGACCUCAUCCCCAGUGUGGUGUUCUCCUCCCAGUUAGGAGGCCAGCGGGGUCUGCCUGGUCUCCUCAUGGCUGUGAGGCGCGACCUCUACUACUUCCCUUACAACGCGGACUACCAGGAGGGAGGGGUCGUGGCGGAGGUGGCCUGCCAGCGGACGGCUUGACUGGGCCUCGGUUAAUUGGGGAAGAUGUCACGAGUCUGACUUACUCCUCUGUUGCUGUUGACCACCGGUCUGAAAGAACUGGAAGAUGAGAAGGAAAAGGGACAAGGAGAAUAUCUGCAAUAUAAGGGACUGGCUGAAUAGGGGCCUCACAAAGUACUCGGCUGCCUGUUUAAUGUUUCCCAGGGAUCCUGAAUUAUGUCCACAGGAACGACAAUUCAUGAGCUCACCAUGGAGUAUGUUUGUGAGAGAAAAAUUAGAUUUUUACAAUAAUUAAGUUAAUGCAGACUUUUGCAACAAUGCAACCUUUAUAUCAUUCAAAGUAUUUCAUUCAAUUUCAUUGUUUUCUUUGUAAUUAUUAUUAAUAUAAUUGUAAUCAUAAAAAAGAAACUUCCGGUUUAAGGGAUGGAUUGACAGUCACCUCGAUUACAAUUUUCUUAGUAUGAACUCUCACACACACACACCGACACGUUUUGAUGUUGUCAAGUUUAUUACGCAGGUACACAGGUACAGUAGUAGACAUGGUGAUGACAUCCCGUCCGUUAACGUCAGUAAUCUCUGGUACCUUUCCAUUCUCUAGUCA